AACAAGAUGGCAGGUUCACUGUGACGGUCUGUAGAGGCAUGAAAAUAGGUGUGCCUAGAAGCAGAUUUUAAAAGGAGUUUCUUUUCAAAACAUCUUUUUAUACCACCUGAUAAGCAUCUUGAUUCACCAUGGCAGUAGCAGCAGUAAAAUGGGCGAUGUCAAGCAGAACUGUCUUAAAACAUUUAUUUCCAAUCCAAAAUGGAGCUUUAUAUCGCGUUUGUCAUAAAUCUACGUAUUCUUCUCUUCCAGAUGACUAUAAUUGCAAAGUAGAGCUUGCUUUGACAUCCAAUGGCAGGACGAUAGUAUGCUACCAUCCCUCUGUGGAUAUUCCAUAUGAACACACAAAACCGAUCCCUCAUCCAGAUCCUGUGCAUAAUAACGAAGAAACACAUGACCAAAUGCUGAAAACCAGAUUAGAAGUAAAAGAUGAACAUCUUGAGCAAGGACCCAUGAUAGAACAACUUAGCAAAAUGUUCUUUACUACUAAACACCAUUGGUAUCCUCAUGGACAGUAUCACAGACGUCGUAGGAACCUGAAUCCCCCAAAAGACAGAUGAUUUUCAGGCUCUCAUUAAGAGUCAAAGAGAAAUGUUAUCUUUUGCCUCAUUUGCCAUUUGAGAAAAUGUAUUCUGGUAUAUUUACUAAUAUGUUAUAUAGUAAAGUAGUAAUAAAAUUUCUUUUCAUAUAU